AUGGAGGAGAAGGAGGAACGGGAAGAGAAUCAGGAUGACAGUGAAAGUAUAGAAGGUGAGUUUGGUGAAAUCAGAGUGGAAGAAGAAUUGAUUGGGGGAUAUGAGUGCCCCAAUUUUAUUUUCUCUGAAGAAGAAGAAAAGAGGAUCCAAAAACCAUGGAGAAGAGAUGUUAUUGUCAAACUGCUCGGCAAAAGAAUUGGAUACAAAGUGUUGGAAAGUAGGUUGAAUCAGAUAUGGGUUCAUAAAGGGAUCAUUAGUAUCAUAGAUCUUAGUAAUGAUUAUUAUCUUGUGGCUUUUUCACAUGAGGAUGAUAAAAAAGCGGCGAUGGAGAAUGGUCCAUGGUUUAUCUACGAUCACUAUCUCACACUGAAGGAUUGGAGGCCGAAUUUUCAGCCGAAAAUUGAUACCAUAGAAGAAGUAGCAGUGUGGGUUAGAAUCUUGGGGUUGUCGAUUGAAUACUAUGAUCCUAGGGCAUUAUUUGUCUUUGGUGAUCUCAUAGAUCAUACGGUGAAAGUGGACAAAACCAGGAUUAAACAUGAAAGAGGAAAAUUUGCUUGA